UUGCAUGACAUUGCACCAGAUUACCCUGCUCACAUGAAGGGUUUUGUCAGUAUGAAUUAUUUUUUUAUUACAUUGUGCAGUUUUGUUACGUAAGAUAUUGAGCCAUAGAAAACUUGUUUUUAAAAAUUACCUGAUAAUUUGAGGUUAAAUGGAACCCUGGUGGUGGUGGUGUACGCAGGAACAUAAUUAAGUGCUCGGUGCAUUGUUUAAGAAUGGCAGCGCUGAGAAGGAAAGCAAUGUUAUAUAUUCAUCAUGAAUUUCAAGGACAUUUAAACAUGUAAUAUAUUGACAUGUAUGUGUGAGCUUAGCAUUUUAAAUCUUGAAGCAGGAUGUGGCUUUGCUUUGUUGAAAUACAUAGAAUGAGAAGCCAGGAAGGAGCUGACCUCACUCAGCUCGUGUGUGCAUGCAGAUAGCUGAUUAGCCACAGAUGGAGUGCAGCACAGCAGCCAACAGCUCCACAGUCAGACGUUCAACUACACCAUGUUAAAGCGGCUGCCAGGAAUGACUUUUUAAAUGGCAGUGAAAGCUAAGUGCACAGCCCAUGUGUAAAUACAGAAAUUCAGUGUCAGAGGCAAAGACAUCAAACCUAUAGAGGAUUAAGUUGUUAAACAUUAACGACAACUGAAGUUAAAAAAAGCAGCUGCAGCUGGCCGGAAUAGUGAAGAUUCUACGUGUAUAUGUUGUACGAUACCUCUUUCCUGACUUGUGCAAGGCACCUUCUGCCUGUAUUGGGAAAUCACUGUACGGUGGUGCAGUGUUUUAAACUUUAAGAUCUGUUAAAGAGCAUACUAAAUCCUCUUGGAUAUUCUGAUGAUUUUUUAUCACAAAAUUGAUGGAACGUGGAAUACAAGUAUGAGCAGUGGAUAUUGCAGCUUAGAUGAAGAUUUAGAAGAUUGUUUCUUUACUGCCAAAACCUCUUUCUUCAGGAAGCCUCAGAACAAGCUUGUAGAAAAGAAUGUGGCAACUAAAGAGGAAGAGAAACCACUGGUCCUUACGGAAAAGGAGAUUAAACAAAAAAUAGAAGAAUAUAAUGGAACCGUCAAAAACUGUUUGGGAAUGCGCUUGAAUUCAGACGGUAGUUACACGGGCUUCAUCAAGGUGCACCUCAAACUGCGCCGCCCUGUCACUGUCCCAGCAGGCAUCAGACCACAGUCAAUCUACGACGUGCUGAAGGAAGUGAAUCCAGCGGAAAUAACAGACAAACGCACAUCAUUCUACCUGCCGCUGGAUGCUAUCAAACAGCUUCACAUCAGCGGCAGCACCACGGCCAACCAAGUGAUCAUAGGCUUGCUCAAGAAGUUCAUGGUCAUCGAUAAUCCACAAAAAUAUGCUCUCUUCUACCAGACAAAAAAAGGGAAUGAUGUCCACCUGCAGAAACUGAAAGGAAAUGAGCAGCCGCUUCUAAUCCGUCUGCUGGCUGGUCCAGACACCGAAGCGUCAAGUUUUGCAUUGAAGGAGAACGAAACGGGGGAAGUUGAGUGGGAUGCCUUUAGUGUGCCUGAAUUGUCAAAUUUCCUCAUCAUACUGGAGAAAGAGGAAAAGGAACGGAUCCACCAGGCACAGCAGAAGUUCCUUGCGUUUCGUCGGAAGCUGGAGCAAGCCUUGAAGGCAGCGGGGGAAACCAGGCUAACCGGGUCACAGAGACACCAGACUCUGAGUAUGAAUCUAUCUUUAAGUAUUGCUUGAGUCAUUUGAGCAGAUUAUGUCAAGGGGCAAGUGCAAGAAGGCAUCAACAUAGCCACAGCUAUGAGCAACGUUACAGCCUGCUGGAGCUCCCACUUUGGACUGACCAAAGGAACCGUCGCUUUUUCUUAACAUUGUUUGAUAUAAAAACCCCUGAAGGCAAAACAUAUUAUGGGCCAUCUUUAAAGUCUAUUCAAAGAAUACUGUGAAUCUAAAACCCAUCUGCGCUUGUGUAUUUCUUUGCUUUUUAAUGUCAAGAUUGGAAAUCGCCUGUACAUUUGGGUAUGGCAAAAAUCACCAUGCCAUUCCGAGACCACAGAGUGGACUGAAUGCAUCAAGGUUGUGUUGGCUGUUCUGCUGUGCACCAAACCAUUAUCUCCAGCAUCUUUAUGACUGCUCACCAAAUAUUGGUAGCUUUUUCUGCAUGUUAUACCUAACUAAUUCUUGUUCAUUUCAAAGAAAAAAAACAAUCUUUAAGCGAGUGAUGCAUGCCUGAGAGCUCUGCGUAAUUGGAUAGAAUCCCAUUGUAUCCACAGUUGUCCCAAUGUAUACAACUUUCUGGAUUGGAUCUCUUAAGGAGAGUUGUGUUGUGUCAUGGACAAUGAAGAUCUCUAGUUACAGGCAAGUGGCCAAACGCCUCGUUACAUAAAACAUUCAACACACACCCUGUUUGUCAUUAAUAAUACAUCUCUAACCAUACAAAAAAAACAAUAAUAUUGAUAGAAAUGUCCCUAAAUUUUCUGAAUAAAUCAUCUUUUCGUUACAGUUGCUGCUUCCAAAUAUUGGGAAAUAGUUUUGCAUUUUUUAUUCUAGUGACCUGCUGAAAUCUGCUUUUGGUCGUGUGCCGUUCCACUUCCUCUAGCAUUGAUUCUGUAUUGUAUUAGUUCUGAUAUAUUAGUCUAAUUUAAAAAUAAAUCUUUAUUGAGAGACCAUUCUUUAUAUAAUCCUGUGAUUUAGCUGCUCCAAAUUACGUUUAGAACCUAGAAAGAGCUCCAGCGUGUCGACCUUAAGGAUUUUUCCGCACUCAAGCAUCUUGUGUUAGGGUGUGGUCGAACUUUUAUCAUCUUUCUCAAAGGCCAAAUGGAUAACUUGUGUGGGAAGUGCAAUUAUCACAUUAGACCAGGGGUUCUCAACCUUAUUUGGCCCGUUUACCCCCGGCAACUUUAAUAGCACAUAACAAUGUUAUUUCACUUAUUUAUGAACAACUAAUGAUGAACAGAUACCCGUAUACCAGAACCAAACACAGUCAGUCAAUGAGAACAAAUAUGUACAAAUCCACAAUCAACAAAUUCACCCCAUAAAUGUACAUUUAACCCAGGUUGGGAACCCUUGCAUUAGACUCUUUAAGCAGCAGAAUAGAGGAAGUUUUAUCUAUAACUGCAAAUAAUCUCCGAGUGUUUUAACAGUACUGGCUAAUUUCAAUAAAAAUAAUCAGAUUUCAAUAGAGGCCGAGUGUAAAUAAUGUCUUAUUCUCAGUAAUGGUCCUCAAGACUCCUCAUAAAAGCCAAAGGCAAACGGGUUCUGGGACAAAUAUGUAAUAUUUAGGAGAGGUGACCAGACCAGACACCCGGGCAAGUUGCUGAACGGGGAGAGGCAGGAUUUGGGGAGAGAAGGUUGUAGAUGAACCAGCAGUGAUGGGCCGUCGAGGUCUGAGAGAAGAAGUCAUCAAAUCCAGCAGGGUGAAUGAAGCUUGUGAUUUAAACACAGCGGAAGAAUGUGACAUCUGAACGUGCGCUGAUUCACUCACUAUUAAUGCCGACCUUGACACCUACACCAUUCAUGACUCUGCCUACUGUUCAAUCCGCUUGUGCAGGACUGAACUGCAGGUGCUGGUUUACACCAAAGACAGACACCGAGUGCUGGAGUAACUCAGCGGGACAAGCAGCAUCUCUGGAGAAGAGGUAUAGGUGACGUUUCAGGUUGAGGUCCUUCUUCAAACUGAGAAUGUUCAGAUUGUCUUUGUUAGGCUUUUUUUUGCAUUGGUACUUGAUAAACAUUAUCACUGUCGGGCAACCUGAGUAUUUUGUUUAAUGUCUUGCCCAGGUUUAUUUAACUAAGAAUAUUCACGUUAUUUUUGCAUUGCUGUUCAUUAUGAAACUGUUUUAUAUUUAUGCCUAAGAAAGAACUGCAAAUGCUGGAAAAAUCAAGGGUAGACAAAAAUGCUGGAGAAACUCAGCGGGUCAGGCAGCAUCUGUGGAGAACAUGGAUAGGUGACAUUUCGGGUCGCGACACUCCCAUCAGUGAACAAGUCCGGAACUGAAAUGUUGUCUGUCCAUUCUUUUCCCCGGUGCAGCCUGACCCACUGAGUUUCCCAGCACCUUAGAUUUUAUCUUGCAUGUAUAGAUUUUUCCCAUACUUUUUUCAGAGUAAAUAGUUAACUAAUCUCUUUUUAAAAUCGGUUUCUUUUUUUUUUUUUUUUUUUCUUUUUACAAAAUUCACUUAACUCCCAACUAUUGGACAAUGCAGCUGAGACAUUUUCAAAUACAAUAAGAGCCUCAACGAUCAAAUUUGUAAGUGACCUAUUUAACUUAAAUAUGAAUAAAGGUGUAUUUAAAGAUUACUGUAAGCAUAACAUAAGCUAAAUAUCUAAUUCUUGAUGUUUGAAAGUCUGUGGACCAAUAAUUAAGAAACAAAUAAACCAUUAAAAAUAAUUUUGGCCAUCAAAUUUGAAAAUUAGCAGAGAAUUCAGCCACUACUCAGGCCAACAUUAAUCUCCCGGUCGAUUCCAUUUAAGAUUAUUGAUCGUGGAUCCUAUAACUGUGAGGAACUUUGUUACACUCAGUAUGGUUACCACACAGAUUUUCAAAGUAACUAUCCAGCUGCAAAGCUGCGGCGUGUGCUGGCCCCAUAAAAUGGCAGAUAGAGAUGAAUACAAGUCGUGUAAGAAAGAACUGCAGAUGCUGAUUUAAAUCAAAGGUAGACACAAAAUGCUGGAGUAACACAGCGGGUGAGGCAGCAACUCUGGAGAGAAGGAAUGGGUGACGUUUUGGGUCAAGAUUCAUCGAAGGUAGACACAAAAUGAUGGGGUAACUCAGCGGGUGAGGCAGCAUCUCUGGAGAGAAGGAAUAGAAACAUAGAAAAUAGGUGCAGGAGGAGGCCAUUCGGCCCUUUGAGCCAGCACCGCCAUUCAUUGGGUGACAUUUCAGGCCAAGACCCAACGGAAUGGGUGACCUUUCGGGUCGAGAUUCAUCGAAGGUAGACACAAAAUGGUGGAGUAACUCAGCGGGUGAGGCAACAUCUCUGGAGAGAAGGAAUGGGCGAUGCCCAUUCCUUCUCUCCAGAGAUGCUGCCUCACCCUCUGAGUUACUCCACCAUUUUGUGUCUACCUUCGAUGAAUACAAACAAGUCCUUCCUUUCAGAAUCAGCUGAUCUUUCAGGAGUGGCUAGACACUGCAGAGGGAUUAUUAUUGGUGACUGGUGUAGACGCUGAACACUUAUGAGAAAGCAAGGUAUCUUUGACAGUCAUCAUAACAGCGGAACAAUGCUUGUGUGAGAGGGCAGUGAUGUUCAGUAUUAUGUCGGGACGUGUACUAUCACUCUGUGCCUUGGCCGGUGCUGCUGGAGAACAGGAGUAGCUCGUUGUAAACAUUACAGCAUGGAAGCAUUUUCCUUGAGCGAGAGGAAAUGCAAGUGUGGAUAUUAUGCAUUUUAAUUCAUUGUACAAACUUACCUUUGUGCAACAGGGCCCACCUACCAUUGAAGGUUCCCCUGAUACUGUAUCCACCCCACACAAAUGGGUAAUAGUGAAAUAUCUGAUUCACGUCUGAUCUUUGCUGCUUUACGAGAUCACGUGUUCAGUCACUGUUGAUAUAAACCUACAAUCUCAUUACCAGAUCUUAAAUUAUGCAAAAACUGUCAUUUUUAUACAAAUAUAAAUCAGCUCACUCUGUUAGCGGUGUGUUUAUCUGAUUAAAAUAUUGUAAGGAAUUUUCCAAAGUACCUUUGAAAGAGAAGUAAUUGCAUUUGUAUUAUUUGUUACAUAAAUUAGUUUAAGAUAAAGAGAGGAUGUUGAAUAAAUAAGGAGUGUUAGGCUGUCACAGGAUCUGCCCCGUAGUGUCCUGCAACGUGACUUUGGGGCAUCAUAUUCAUCAAAUCAUGUUAGAUUUACUUACACAUACUUUUGUACAGAAUGAAAUGAAUCAAAGACCGUGUUCUUCCAGAGAGCAAAGGCCAGGACUCUUGCUUUAUUGAUAGGUGCAUCAAUCUUUCCCCAUCACGGGCGGUUUGCAAGCGAACAUAACACGGAAGUAUUACAGAUUUAAACCCUGUGUGUGAGGUGCAUUUGUCUUGUUAUCUAUUUUUGUAAUUGAUGUAUUUUGCAGGCUAUGAUUUAUUCUUUAUUUUUGCUGGUGCCAACAUAAUAAUGUUCCCCUUUCCAACAUGAAAUCAAACGGCCACAGCAAAUGACUUGACCCAGUAGAAUAAAGUGGCCAGUAAGACCGUGUAUUAAUGCUUUGAUUGUUAUGUCGGGGAGGUCAAUGACGAUGAACUUGCUUAGUGGCGAGUCGUUUCAGCACUGAAGAUGCUGCCAAUAAAUCUCUACGGGUAGAAAAGUAAACCACGGUGUAAAUGUUAAAUAAAUGAUCAACAAACCUUAUACUGAAGAGAGAUCAGCAUCUCUGCUGGCAAACUGCUGAUAGUCUAUAUGGUCCUUUUUCAUUACAAAAUGUAUUUGUCAGAAUUGUAAAAACUGGAAGAUUAUACAAGAAUUAUAUUUGAUGACGUUUUCUUUGAAUAAAUUUGAAACUUUGAACAAGAA